CAUCUAACAAGAGCAGUCAAAGUCAAAAGACAAUUCCAGAACAACUAACGGUCGUCUCCAAUCUUUCCCAACCAAAAUUCCACCGUUAAAUCAAAUCACAAACGCAAACAAAAUCUCAUAUUUCUUCAUUAGCAAUGAACGACCAUGAUUGCCGAGAACAGUUAAUCCGUCAUACUGCCGCCCUUACCUUAUCAUUCUCACCUUGUCACGAACAACACCCAACGGCGCAGCUUUGAGACACGUGUUUCGCUUUCUGCUCUUCCUCUUCCGCUUCGCUUCCAACAUUACAUUACAAACUGAAAAUCUUUCCUUUUUAAAGAAACAUAAUUUCGAUUGCCGAUUUGGUCGUUAGCCAAAUUUCCUUUUUGGGUUUUUGUCUUAAGAUGGGAACCGGAGAUGAAGUAGUGGAAAUCGAGAGCUUAGAGAGAAGUUUGUUAUCGGAAUCUGUUACCGGAGAAGAGGAGACGGGUGCAGACGAUGACCCGGUUCUUUACACGGCGUCGUUUGGGGAAAUGGAAGAGGAUUUCGUCAAAUACCAAACAGCUCAAUGGGCUUUAUACUCAUUGGUUUUAAUAUUAGCUUGGGGUAUUGGGUUGUUCAUGCUCUUAUACAUUCCCGUUCGAAGAUACAUUCUCCGUAAAGAUAUUCGAUCUCGGAAGCUCUAUCUCACUUCUAAUUCCAUCGUUUACAAAGUUACAAGGCCAGUGCCAAUUCCAUGUUUUGGGGUUCUAAAAAAAGAGAAGCAUGUUCUAUUACCUUCAGUUGCAGAUGUUGUAAUUGAACAAGGAUAUUUGCAGUCUCUUUUUGGUGUUUACUCACUUAGAAUUGAGAAUGUUGGUGUAAGGAGGCCACCCAGUGAUGAUGUACAAAUCCAAGGCAUUGCUAACCCAAGUGCUUUUAGGAAGGCUGUUUUAACACGCCUUUCAAAUAUGAGGACCGAAGUUUUCUCCAAACAAGUUUCUGCAAUUGAAGAUAGUCCAAAUUUAAGGAUUCAUUCACCAGCUGCUCCGCUUUCUUCACCAAGGUAUCUUAAGCAUGGUGUUAUUCCUCCUUCAGGGGAUCUUGCAUUAUUACAAAAACUAGAGGAGGUUGGGAGUUCUGUGAAGAGAGUUCAAACUUUGAUUGAGGAACAACACAGUCUAACAUCAGAAACUGCUAAUUGAGGAGUUCCUGUCACUGAUUUCACACACUCAAAAGAAGGGUGAAUUUAGCGUGAAGGGAACAUUUUCAAUCAGUGAUUCAUAAUAAGCUGUCAGCAAUUCUAUUUCUUUCCUUUGCCAGUUUCUUUGAUGUUCUUAUUUUGGAGUUCUACUUAUCCACAUGCACACAUACACCCACGCUUGCCCAUGUUGUCAUGUUUUUUGGCUGGCAACCUUGUCACUGAUGCUUAAAGAAUGAUAAUUUAGGCUGUAAAUGAGAAAGGGCAUUAGCAAACCAAGUGUCUUUGCCUUUCUUGACCGGUAGUAGCCCUGCCUGUUAAUUACUCUAUGGCAAUAGACAAACUAGCUAAUAUGUUUACUCCCCUACACCCAACACCCCCAUUUCUUUUCAGUUGGGUUCAGACAUUAGACCCAUUACCCAUAUUCUCUGUAAGUGACUUUGAGCUAUGAAUGGGAUGCAAUCACUGCUAGCACUACCCCCAAAUUCUGGUGUAUGUAUCAUUACCUAGAAGUAAAAGUAUACAUCUUCAAAGAAAAUUACUUUAUUAAGGCCUGUAACACACUGAACCAAUUGAGUUGGGUUUGGUGCAUUUCACACUCAGUUAUUGUGGGGAUUGCAGCCUUUAAGUUUUUUUUAGCAGUUGAGGUGGUUCUGAAAUCUGAAUGGUAGUGUAUGUAAUAACCAUCCUUGCAUUUAGCGAUUGGCAGCCUGCUAGCAUCUCCUCCCAUUCUUCCCUUCUGCUUUCUCUCUCUCUCUCUCUCUCCCUCUCUCUCUCUCUCUUUUGAAGAAAAGCAUUUGGAAGUCAAAACUCGGUUAUUAAUCAUAGAAAGUAUAUUGUCAAAGAUUAUUAGAACAAUCAAGCUUUCUCAAAUUUCCAAUUAAGCUUAGCAAGUUUAGCUCUAAGAGAGCCAAAUUCAAACUCAAAUUCUUGGAAAAUUUGAUCAGGUGCACUCUUUCUAUUCAUUACCUAUUGAUAUCUAUCAUAUCUGUUUUGCUUCUAGCAGUAUGUCCUGAAUUUUAUGUUAUUGAAAACA